AUGACCUUUGCCAUAGUCAGAACAACGCCCCCACCACCACCACCACCACCACCACCACCACCACCACCACCACCACGUUUUGUGGCUGUGCGCCCAGCAACUGUGUAUGCAAUAUUUAAAAUCAUAGUGUUAGAACACAUUAGUGAAGUAAAGCAGUCUGUGUUCCAGCAACAGCCGCCGCAGCAUAUGUGCCCCAGGCAGCAGCAGCUGCUGCUGCAGCGGCAGCAGCAGCACACUCGCCCCCAGCCACGUAUCCUAUUUUUUACCCAUGCACGGCUCAGCCCAUCUACAUGUCACAGCAGUUCCAGUAUCCAACUCUUGCGUGUGGUGUGGGGUUGGCGCCCGAUGGGGUGCUGUCCUCCAUGCCGUACAUGCAUCCCCUGCCCCCACCUCCAGUUCUCGAGCGACUCUACUGAGUGUCUGCGGAUCGACCUCAGGCUCAAAGUUCACAUCAGUUUGUUUAUGCGGGGCCAGCAUCUACUGCAUCACCAGGCACAGGGCCAGCGGCAGGUUCUGUCGCAGCUGGAAGUGGUGGUGGUCCUCCAACCACUCCGUGUCAGCCACAACCUGCAACUGCCCAUACUGCUGUUCCUCCCUGCAACAACGGUGCAUCUUGCAGCAGCUCCAGCUGCCGCCCACUAUUACGGACCAAUGCCUUCUGCACACACAGCACCAACAGCAGCUGAUCCUUCGGCUCCUGAGCUUUAUUACAGUGUGACACCAGUGCAUCCUGCUGCUCACCCAUAUGCAACAGCUGCACUGUUUGCAACUACUCCAGAUGGUUUUCUCUUUGAAACUCAGCCUGUUACAGAGUCUUCAAGCAAUCACUCUCCAGAGGGAAUGGAUGAAAAAGCAACCAAAAGUGUUAAACAGUGGUUGCAGAUGCUUUUUUUCUCCUUCUAUGACUAA